AUAUGAUUUAGCUUGCUUAACCGAACCUUUAUUCCCUCGAUUACCAAAUCAAGUUAAUUCCUAAUUUAAUUUCCAUUUAGACUCUUGCUUCUCCCUUCUUCCUACCUGCCACAUGCUUCUCUUGUCAAACCACACCUAAUAGCCACCACCUUCAUCACCAAGUCAUGCUGAUUUAAACAUUAAGUAUUAGUUGUUCAAAUUAUACAAAUUUACCACUCAUGGUUUAUUGAAAACGUUUUGAUGAAGUUUGCAUAUAUGGAGAUAUAUAAAGAAGCUGUUGUGUCAUACAAAUAUACAAAUUAAUUCAAAGAAUCUGAAAGUAAUAUUUGUCGUCAAGCAAAGUUUUCAUAGAAAGAGAAAGAUUACGGUUGAACAAAGAACAAUGGACUUCCACAAUCUUUUCCUGUUUUUGAUGUUACAAUUCAUCCUGGUUCUUGGUGGUAAUUGAUAAUGACAUAGUACAAGUCAAUAUAUCAAACCCAGAAGGAUGUGUUACUGGAAUUCAAUAUAAUGGACUCGAUAAUUUGCUCGAAAUUAAUAACCACGAAUCUGAUAGAGGGUACGUACAACAACUUAAUUUCAACUUAUUAUUACGUUCUUGGUGUUUUGGUUUACCAAUGAAAUUGUAGGUAUUGGGAUAUUGUUUGGGAUCAAGGUGGGGAAAAAAGAACAAAAAAAGGUGCAAAGGGAAAGGGUAAAUUGGACAGGCUGGAAACGACAAAUAUGAGGGUGAUAAUGGAAAGUGAAGAACAAGUAGAGCUAUCUUUCACUAGAACAUGGAAUUUAUCUCUUGAAGGAAAGCUUGCGCCACUCAAUAUUGAUAAAAGGUUUAUAAUGCUUCGUGGUUCAUCCGGAUUCUACACGUAUGCCAUUUACGAUCAUUUGAAGGAAUGGCCUGCCUUUGAUCUUGACAAUACUAGGGUUGCUUUCAAGCUUAGGAAAGACAAGUUCAAUUACAUGGCUAUAGCUGACAAUAGACAAAGAUUUAUGCCUCUACCUGAUGAUCGUUUACCUCCUAGAGGCCAAGUUUUGGCUUACCCAGAGGCUGUCCGCCUUGUCAAUCCGGUGGAGCCAGAGUUCAAAGGAGAGGUGGAUGAUAAGUAUGAGUACGCAUGUGAGAGUCGAAGUAACCAAGUUCAUGGUUGGAUUUCCAUUGAUUCAUCAUCAGAUUCCACUGGAUGCUGGCUAAUUACGCCUAGCUAUGAGUUCAGAUCUGCUGGGCCCUUAAAACAAUAUCUUGGUUCUCACCUGGGCCCCACCAUGCUCUCUGUAUUUCAUAGCACACAUUAUUCAGGGGCAGAUCUUAUCAUGAAAUUUGGAGAAAAUGAACCAUGGAAGAAAGUCUUUGGUCCAAUAUUCAUAUACCUUAAUUCCAACUCUGAUGGUUUUAGCCCAAUCAAGCUUUGGGAGGACGCCAAACAACAGAUGGUGAAUGAAGUUGAAAGCUGGCCCUAUACUUUUCCUGCUUCUGAGGACUUCCUCUCAUCUGCCCAACGAGGUAAAUUUGAAGGUAGAUUGCUUGUCCGAGAUAGGUACAUCAGGGAUGCAUUCGUCCCAGUCAGUGGUGCUUAUGUGGGAUUAGCAGCCCCAGGAGAUGUUGGAUCUUGGCAAAGAGAAUACAAGGGCUAUCAAUUUUGGACCAUUACCGAUGAUAAAGGCUAUUUCUCAAUAAUUAAUGUACUUCCUGGUGACUAUAAUUUGUAUUCGUGGGUCAAUGGAUUCAUCGGUGAUUAUCAAUGUAACAAUAUCAUUAACAUAACCUCGGGUUCUGAAAUUAAUGUGGGUGAGCUUGUUUAUGAGCCACCAAGACAUGGCCCUACACUGUGGGAAAUAGGCAUCCCUGAUCGCUCAGCUGCUGAGUUCUAUGUUCCUGAUCCAAAUCCCUUGUACGUGAACAGACUUUAUGUCAACCAUUCAGACAGGUUUAGGCAAUAUGGCUUGUGGGAGAGAUAUGCUGAUCUGUAUCCAAAUGAAGACCUAGUUUACACUGUUGGCAUUAGUGAUUACAAAAAAGAUUGGUUUUUUGCUCAGGUCACCAGGAAGAAAGACAACAACACUUACCAAGGAACCACAUGGCGAAUUAAUUUCAAUCUUGAUUCAGUGAAUACAAAAGGAACCUACAAAUUGCGACUAGCUUUGGCAUCUGUACAUUAUGCGGAGCUACAGAUUCGCAUAAACAAUUUAGAUGCAACAAGUCCGCCUUUAUUUUCAACUGGGGUUAUUGGAAAGGAGAAUACAAUAGCAAGGCAUGGAAUUCACGGGCUGUACUGGUUAUACAACAUUGAUGUACAAGGCAGUCUUCUUGUGAAGGGGAACAAUACCAUCUUUCUAACGCAAGCUACCAAGGAUGGUCCUUUUGUAGGAAUUUUAUAUGAUUAUAUUCGUUUAGAAGGACCUCCAACUUAAAGAUUCUUGUAGAGAAUAUUCAUUUGGAAAAUAUCAUAAUCUCAUUCAACUCCAAUCAAUAGAAAAUAAGUUCUAUAUUCCCUAAAAAAAGUUCUAUAUUGUCUAGCAUAUUGAUAUCAAAUAAUAAAUAAAAUUAGAGAGUUCCUCGUUA